AUGGUUGCUCUGACCGGUGUACUGUUGUUGCUUACCCUGGUCUCCGUCGCGGAUCUCCAAGAGGCAGUUGACACAGAAUGUUGCGCGGACGCCGCCACAGACACCACUGCAGAUGAUGCUCAGAACACCGAGGAAAGUGAACAAGAGUUGGAUGUGGAGCUGGAGGAAGCAUGUCCUGAGCUGAGUGGCCAGAUCAUUGGAGGAAGGGCAACCUCAAUACAACGACACCCUUACCAAGUGUCAAUGGUGCUGAAUGGAAACUCCUUCUGCGGUGGCUUCAUCAUCAGUCAGGACUACGUGCUGACUGCUGCUCAUUGUGUACAAAACACAUCACCGACGGCUAUCCGGCUUCGAGUGGGCAGCACCCGGCGGGACUCGGGAGGCAGGAUCGUGAGAGUGGCAAACGUAACAGUACAUCCUCAAUAUGGAAGACCACAGUUCGACAAUGACAUUGCUGCACUGAGACUGGCCAGGCCUUUGAAUUUCAAUGCCAAUAUACGAGCCAUCAGACUGCCGCAGCCACGACAGCCUGUUCCACUUGUGAGGCUAACUGUCACUGGAUGGGGUUUAACAGCUGUUGGUGGGCGUCGUAUCCCUCGUAUCAUGAUGGAAGCCAAUGUCCCCGUGGUACCACACUGGCUCUGUCGCCUGUCGUAUGGGCAAUCAUUGACCAACAACAUGUUCUGCGGAGGACAUUUCCUCAUUGGAGGAGUGUCAUCUUGUCAGGGUGACUCCGGAGGGCCGGCCGUGUUCCGAGACACGGCAUUUGGCGUCGUAUCGUUCGCAAGAGGAUGUGCAUUACCGCUGUCACCGACCGUCUUCACCAACAUCGCUUCCCUUAGAAAUUGGAUCAGAGACAACACUGGCGUCUGA